GUGGAAAGCUGACCACGCACUCUCUAUAUCAUUAUCAAAUGCAAUGCAACAACUUUCACUCGCUACAAUUAAAAUUCAACAGUUUAUCUUUCUGCUCACCACUCCUGGUUGUCUUCCUCUCCUCUUUUUCUCAUCCAUGGCAAGACUCUCCAAACCCAAACUUCUUGAGAAAUGCCAAGUAUCUCCCCCACCAAACUCAUCAGCAGCUCCAAAACGCUCUCUCCCGCUAACCUUCCUUGACAUACCAUGGCUCUUCUUCUCUCCAAGCCUACCUCUUUUCUUCUAUGACUUCCCAUUUCACUUCCACCACCCUCCCAAACCUCAAGCACUCUCUCUCCCUCGCUCUCCAACAAUUUUACCCUUUCGCCGGAACCCUACUGGCCCGGCCUCAUCCCGAAAAGCCCGAGCUUCUCUACACGCAAGGCGACUCGGUGUCAUUGACUGUCGUGGAGUCGGACGGGGACUUUGAGUAUCUCUCGAGCAAUUCCCAAAGAGGUGCGGUAGAGUUUCACACACUUGUGCCGGAGCUAGCGUCGACAGGUAGUAUAGCACAUUGUAGUAAUGAGGCACAAGCAGCAGAUAUUUCUUUGUUAAGUGUUCAAAUUACAGUGUUCCCAAAUUGUGGGAUUUGCAUUGGGAUUGCUUACCACCACGUUGUUGGUGAUGAGAGGACCUUUAACAAUUUCAUCAAGGCUUGGGCCUCAUUUUCUCGUCUCGGAGACUCGUCAAACAUAGCCGUACAAUCAGCGCCCUACUAUGAUCGUACGGCUAUUGUCGAUGCACUUGGUCUCGAGGAUAUCUUCUUGAAGGAGUGGUGGAAGCGAAUUUCUUCACAAGGAGUGGUUCUAGGUGCUAAUAAGAAUGCCAUUGUUAAUGGGCAUUCGAAAAACAUGAUUAGGGCAACAUUUUUGAUUGACUUGGCCCAAAUGGAGAGCAUCAAGAAUUGGAUUAUUGAGCUAUGCAACAAGGGAAAUGAGUCGCAUCCGGUACAUUUAUCACCAUAUGUCCUAACGUGUGCAUUUACAUGGGUUUGUUUGCUUAAAACCCAAGAAAAUGAUAACAACUACAGCAAGUGUUGCGAUGAAGAUCCAAAUUAUUUUGGGUUUAUUGCGGGCGGGAUAACUCGUUUGGGUCAUCCAGUACCAGCUACGUAUGUCGGUAAUUGUGUUGGAUUUGGCCGGUCAGUGGCGUCAACGAAAGCGCUACUAGGGGCAAAUGGAGUUGUUGUUGCGGCGAAGGCAAUCGGAAACACUAUUAAGAAGUUAGACAAGGCCAUUUUGGGAGGGGCAGAGAAGUGGAUUUCGGAGUGGGAGGAGAUGUUCGGGUCGGAGCUCCACGUCAUGGUUCUCGGGUCACCGAAGGUGGAUCUGUAUGAGAUAGAUUUUGGAUGGGGCAGGCCUAGAAAGAUAGAGGAGAUUGGAAUUGAUGGUGUGACAGGCAUUUCACUGAGUGAGAGUAGAGACGUGUCGGGUGGCAUUGAGGUUGGCUUGGUCCUACCAAAGCCUCGAAUGGAUGCUUUCACAACUUUAAUCAUCGACGGACUCAAUGCCAUUUCAUGACUUGUGAUUAUUUUUGUUGUUGGUUUCGUUUAUUUUUUGUCAUGAAUUGUUCUAGUGGCCAAGUGAAUAUUUGUAAUAUUCACAAAUUCUUAUAAAUAAUAUGUGAAUGACCUAUA